UCAAAUUGCGGAUUUUCUCUAAAAAAUUCAUAAAAAAAUCGUCCCUGGCUAAUUUUUAGGCUCAAAUUUCGUGUAACGGCUCGAAAAAUGACUGAAAGUAAUCAAAACCGGGAUGGAGAUUUGUUCAUUAUUCGAUUUAUCAAACAAAACCCGAUGAUUUGGGACUCCAGUCACAAAGAUUACCACGACAGAGACAAAAGAAAUGACAUUUUCAAGGAAUUAGCGGCAAAAAUAGGACAAAAACCUGAGUUCGUUAAACGUCGCUGGAUCACCCAACGAGAGCGAUAUGUGAAAGGUUUACGCAGUAAAAUGCUCAAAAGUGACACUCCGUUCUCUUAUAAAUACAAUGACGAGAUGAAUUUCCUCAAAAAUCACGUAAAAAUGAAGAUUCAAACGCAAAUUAGGACAGAAAAUCCGGAUUUUAAUGAAAAUUCUUCAGAAAACCAGGAGCCCGAGUACGAAUUUGUGAUAACAGAAGAAGAUUUGCGACACCAUGAUGAAGAAGAAGGCGACAUGAGUCACUUACUGAGCGAUUUCUUUGGCGAAAGUGAGUCUCAGAGCGUUUUAACGAUCGUUGAAGAGCUCCCCGAGGAAGAAAUUCUGCCUGAAAGUACCAACGAAGGUAUUUUUCUUGACGUUCCCGAUGAAAUGGAGAUUUCUACAACCACGAAACCGAUAAUUUUGGAGAAUAUUUCACUGUCUGAGCCAAAAGUCGUGCCAAAUACACCUCAAAAUGCGGAAGUUCGGAACGAAGAUGUCAUUUUUGGCGAAUUAAUUGCCUCGCAACUCAUGAAAAUCACCGACGAAGCUAAAAAGAAAGCAAUUAAAAGGAGUAUUUUAGAUUUAUUUUUCUAAAAAAAAAUUAAUUUUAAGUAAAAAAUAAUAAAUUAUUGAAUUUUUCAAUCGAGACCGAACUCAUUUCGAACCCAUGGAUACUGAGCGGGGCAUUCAGAUAAGCAAGAGACCAAAUAUCGCUCGGAACGGAGAAUGCGACUUUGUAAUUUGCAGGUUUUCGGGAGAUUGCAGGCGAUUUCGUUCGGUUCGAGUUGGCGAUUUUUGCAGUCCCAUUCGGAGAAUUGGUUCAAGCCGCUGAUUGGCGUCGGGUUUCGCAUCCAUUGGAUCGCUUGGUACUCGGUGACGAAGUAAACGUCGUUCUUCUUUGACAUGUCGUCGAGGAAUUUCUGAAAAAAA